CCUUGGCGCUGUGCACUUCUCCCGUUUUUUUUCCCCCGGUGGAACAGCACCAAUCAAUAAAAGGUGUCCACAAAAUGCGAUGAUGACGGUGAGAGGUGCGUGUGAACCUGGAGAUAAAGAAGACUGGGUCGGUGUUGUAGUACUGCUAUUCGCCACCCGGUCACUGCUGCCGGUUAGAGAGUGCUCUACGCGACAAGCUUCCGGUUCGGGUGAAUCUUGUGACACUAUGCUUCGAACUCCACUGCUUUACGACAACAACCAGCUAGCUCACCGUGUAGCGCACUUCCGGUUCACGGUAUCAAUCUCGUUCGCCGAUUCCAAAAUCGAUUCCUUCGAGAAGAACCUGCUUCCACAUCGCAACGACGACGGCGACGACAACGGAAUUGAUGUGAAUGAUAUGUACACAAAAAAGCACGCCGACGAGCUGUGUGCGAGCAUGGAGAGUCGGUUCCUCGGCUUUGAACCGACGACGACGAAGUCGGCGAGAGUAAUCUUGACGGCUAUCAUGAACGCGACAACGGUGCUCAAUUUCUCUACCUUGGGACGGCGAGAAUUCGCUUUGCAUACCAUACAGAUGGGUUUGUAA